AUGCCCCAGUCUCUUGAUUUCCCUGAUUCUGGCCCUCCAGCUAAGAAGGGCCUGGGAUCCAGCUCUGUCCUGCCGCCCACUUCUACUCCACCCGGAACUAUCAACAUGGCGUACAUCUCUUCAGGAGGGUUUAUCCACGAGACAAGCAAAUCUGAUAAGGAGACCGAUUCACAUGCAACCUUUCGAGUGUCCAAAUUUGGCGGAGCGGUCAAUUUACCAGCAGGAAAUCGUGGUGAUCCAACCGGGCCUACGCUUAACAAAGUGGACAGUUCCUCUAGGGAGGUAGGCGGCUUUUUUAGCCAGAUAUAUAUAGACAAAGAAUAA